AUGAUUCCGCAAGAUGCCAGUGCGCACCGCCAGCUCUCCAAGCGGAAGAUUAACGACAACAGCGUUUUCAAAACCUGGCUUGAACAUCAAGCCAGAGUCGACGACGAUGGAUCCGUUGAAGCUCCGGCAGCGCCCGCGGAGGCCAUCAGCGACGCUGCCGCCGAGAUUUCCGCGCUCAUGAUCACGCCUCGCGAAUACCAGAACGAACUCUUCGAGAGGGCAAAGGAGAAGAAUACCAUUGUGGUAUUAGACACGGGCUCGGGAAAGACCCUCAUCGCCAUUAUGCUGCUUCGACAUGUACUCGAGCAAGAAUUGGAGGACAGGUCGCGAGGGAGCCUGCGAAAGACGGCCUUUUUCAUCGUUGACAAAGUUGCAUUGUGCCUGCAACAAUUCCAGGUUAUUCGCGCAAACUUACCCUUUCCAGCAACUAAAUUUUACGGUGACGUUCAACCCAUCGCGCAAGUCCAGCGCCAUUGGGACGCCCAGUUUGACGAACACAUGAUUAUCGUGUGUACCGCCCAGAUCCUCCUCGACUGCCUGAGCCACGGCUUCAUCAGCAUGCGGCAGAUCAACCUUCUCAUCUUCGACGAGGUCCACCACGCGAAGAAGGAACACCCUUACGCGGCCAUCAUGAAGCGGUACUACCCGCGUGGCGACGCCGUCAAGCCGCGCAUUUUGGGCCUGACCGCAUCCCCGAUCGACACGGGGACCCUCGACAUGGAGGCGGCCGUGCAGCAGCUUGAGAGCCUUAUGUGCAGCGAGAUUGCGACCGUGUCCGACGACGUGCUCGAGGCCGGCUGGGUCAAGCGCGAGCAAAAGGAAAGAGUCCGCUUCUACAAGCCGCUGCGGGCACCGGUGGACUCAUACACGCGGCUGACGCUCACCAUCAAUGACCACUCGCAGCACCUUCCCCAGCUCAACGACGCGGUGGCGUGGGCGGUUGACAUGGGCUCGAUCCUAGGCCCGUGGUGCGCGGACCGCUUCUGGCAGGUCCUUCUGACCGACGAUGCGAUGAAGAACAUGGCACUGCAUUCGGCGAAGAGCAAUAGGGUCGAGUUUAACUACGAUAGAUUUGAGGCUGCAUCAGCCGCGCUUGACACGCUACGACCCAUGAUCGGCAAUCAUGAAUUCAUGGCGCUGCCGACAGAUGACGGCGCGAUUUCGUCCAAGCUUGCCGUGCUCCGUGAGACGUUGUGCGCCGCAUUCGAGGAGAAUCGUGCAACACAGUGCCUUGUCUUUGUAGACAAGCAGUACGUGGCAAUGAUGCUGGCAGAUUACUUUACGCAGCCCAACACCGCGCCUAGAGGCAUGGUUGCAGACUUUAUGAUUGGAAUAGCAAGAUCUACUUCUUUGGCCCAUAUCUCCCAACGCCAGCGCAUGAUGAAGUUAGACAACUUCAAGUACGGGGAAACUAAUUGCCUCUUUGCGACGUCUGUGGCUGAAGAAGGACUCGACAUCCCUGCCUGUGAUCUGGUUAUUCGAUUCGACAUGUGCGUCUCCGCCAUUCAAUACAUCCAGUCACGAGGACGUGCGAGAAAGUCCUCGUCUGUUUUCGUCACCAUGCUGGAAAAAGACAACUAUCAGCACAUGAACCGUCUUCAAAACGUCACACUCGACGCGCAAUCUCUUCGCCGCUUCUGUCAGAAUCUACCGGCGGACAGGAGGAUCGGCCAAUAUGAGCGUCCGCCGGAAAGGGAGCUCAUUGUUGCAGAUACCGCGACUUUGUCCCACCAAAACAGCAUGUCUGUUCUUGCUAGGUUCGUGUCUACGCUGGUGCAAAGCACAGACAAGAAUCCAGUACCGGAAUAUGUCGUCUCCGGUGCGGGUGAAAGCUUCAUCUGCUGGGUCAUCCUACCAGACUCGUCUCCGUUCAAGUCCACCUCGGGAAGCAUGGAGCGGAGCAAGAUCCGAGCCAGGUGCGCGGCCGCGUACGAGGCUUGCACACGGCUGAUUCAAAUAGGAAGCAUCAACCAGAAUCUGCAACCGACUUUUAAGAAGAAGCUCCCAAGAAUGCGAAAUGCACGGCUGGCACUUAAUGGAAAGAACCAGAAGGACUACACCUUGCUGAUCAAACCGAAAAUGUGGACGUCGCUGCCAACCGAGACACCAACGCGGCUGUUCCGGACCAUUGUCCAGAUACAUCCUGAUUCUGCGGGAAUCACAUCGAUUGCACUACUGACGCGACAACAACUACCAGAUAUAGAUCCGAUCAAACUUUUUGCUUCCAUUGACCUUACUAUGACGGCCAACCUGAUACGCAGUGGACCCGUGGAAAUAUCGCCAGAGCAAGUGCAGAAGCUAGCAGCGUUUACCCGUUGCCUAUUUGACCAGGUAUUCAGCAAGAUGUUUGAUGCUAAGGAUGAGGAGAUUCCUUAUUUCUUCGCUCCGGCCUCCUUAAAACUGUAUGAAUAUGAGCAAGAGACUUUGGACUGGCAGAGAAUAGAGCAGGCCGUCAUGUUCAUGGAUCAAGGCGUGGCCGUCGACCCAGGAGACGUUAACCGGCAGCAAUUUGUUACUGACCCUCACGAUGGCUCAAGAAAGUUCUUCAUAUACGAAACAGACCGUACGCUACGAGCAACUGAUCCAACGCCAGCGGGUGUCCCCGGACACAAGAACAACGCGUACUUAGCAUCGGACAAGUCCAUCAUGCAGUACAGCUGCAGCACCAGAUCACCGCACCGACAAAAGAUCGUCUUUGACACCGAGCAGCCCGUUUACAGGGCGCUACUUCUAUCCCUGCGCCGUAAUUUUCUGGACGAUGAUCGUACGGAAACCACCAAAACGGACCAAAUAUGCUUCAUCACUCUACAAUGCCUAAAGUUGUCUCCCAUUCCCGCCGACGUUGCCCGUGCGGCCUUGUUCCUUCCGUCCAUCCUCUACCGUCUAGACUGUGCUCUGGUCGUGGCGGAAGUACGCGAGAUGCUGGGCCUCAACAUACCUCUCGGGUUGAUGCUGGAGGCUUUCACGAAGAACGCAGUAGAUCCGGACGAUGGGGAACUCAACGCCGAGCACGAAGAGCACGGCGGCCAGCGCAACUACGAGCGACUCGAGUUCCUCGGCGACACUUUUCUCAAAAUGGGCACCACCAUAGCGCUGUUCACGCGCUACCCCGGAUCGAACGAGUUUGAGCACCACGUCGACCGCAUGGUCAUGGUCUGCAACAAGAAUCUCUUCAAGACCGCCAUCGACCUCGGCUUGCCGAGCUACAUCCGCUCUGACACCUUUGACCGGCGCACAUGGUAUCCCAACCUGCGCCUGGUGCGCGGCAAGCCGGCUAAGGAUAGCGUGGUGCGGCCGCUGGGGGACAAGACCGUCGCCGAUGUGUGCGAGGCCAUCAUCGGCGCGGCCUACAUGGGGGGGCUGGCCGACGGCGGCAGCAUGGACGAGGCGGUCCGGGCGGUGACCAAGGUGGUAUCCAGCGAGAACCACGAGAUGCGCUGCUUCGCCGACUACUACGCGGGCUUUACGGUCCCCGCGUGGCAGGCGGCAUCGGCCUCCGUCAGCGCGAGCGUGCUCGUGACGGUGGACCGGGUGGCCGGGCUUAUCGGCUACGCGUUCCGCUCGCCGCUCCUGCUGCGCAGCGCCUUCACGCACGCGUCGUAUACGUCCGAGGACAUCCCAAACUACCAGACGCUCGAGUUUCUCGGGGACGCGCUACUGGACAUGGCCGUCGUCGACCACCUGUUCCGCACGCAUCCCGACGCCGGGCCGCAGUUCCUGACGGAGCGCAAGAUGGGCGUCUGCGGCAACCAAUUCCUCGGUUAUCUUUGCGUCGAGCUCGGUCUCCAUAGGGAGCUUCUGACCGCCGACGCCGCCGUCCCGGGCCAGGUGCGCGCGUACGAGGAGCGCCUCGCCUUCCACCACUCACGCGCCGAGGCCGAGGCCGUCGCGCUCGGGCGGCCGGUCAGCAAGGGCUGGUGGACGCCCGCGACGCGCCCGCCCAAGGUCCUCGCCGACAUCGUCGAGGCGCUCAUCGGCGCCAUGUUCGUCGACGCGCGGUACGACUACAACGUGGUGCGCAGCUUCUUCGAGCGAUUCGUGCGGCCGCACCUGGACGACAUGGAGGGGUACGACGCGCUGGGCGCGGGCCACGUGGUCACGCAGGCGGUGCACGCGCUGCAGGGACGCUUCGGCUGCGCGCGGUGGCGCUUCUGCGUAUCCGAGGUGCCGUGCGAGUCGCGCGCGGGACUGGCGGCGCUGACGGGGAGCGACGCGGUGUGCGCGCUGCUGGUGCACGGGGAGGUGCGCUGGCACGCCAAGGCGGGCAACACCAUCGAGGCCAAGAGCAAGGUUGCGAGCAUGGCGCUGGCCGUUCUUCAUGGCAUCAACGAGGACACUUACCGGACGGAGAUGAACUGUGACUGCGUCGUUCGUCGAGAGUGA